CCAUGGUAGGUAUUUGUUUUCUUCUUCUUUGUGAUACCAUAGAAAAUACUCAAUUCGAGAUAGACAUCAUCGUAUCUAAAUCAUGCCUGUAUAUCAUAUAGUGUUAUUCCGAUUGAAGAAGGGGGUCGCACCAGAUGUCUUGGAUGACUUCACCACCAGAGCAAAAGCAAUGGUAGGACAAGUGCCCGGUCUUACAAAGGUUGAUAUCGGACCUCCUUUAGCUGUGACUGCGCAUCGCAGUAACGGCUUUGAUAUGGGUGUAGUGGCUGUUUUGGGGAAACAAGAGGACCUUGCAGGUUACGCCACUCAUCCAGCCCACAUGUAUGCUCAUGAACUUCGUGAGCAGUUGUGCGAAGAAACGCUUGUCUACGAUCUAGAGGUUCCUGCUUAGAAGGAUGGUUUGAGCUUCUAUUGUAAACGAUUAACUCUAUGUUUAAACAUGGGUGGAUUUUAAGAAAGAUCAACUACCGCUGUUUAGUGGAGUUGAAAACAUACCUAAACAAAAGUAUUGAGCCGUGCUUUUUCAUGACAACACUGUAAAAAUGCAUGUUGUGUAACGCAAAGUGCAUGGAGAUACCGGAGUUUCCAUUAUCAGAAAUUACAUAGGCGAUCCUCUGCGGGAUAAGAACGUAACCGGUCCUGUAAAACUCGGC